CUGUGGUGGUUCCUCCCGGCAACCGCCGGUCCCUCAGCCGCGCUCGUCCCGCCCCGGAGGGGGUGGUCUGGUGGCUUUGUGCAGUGGCGGCCUGUGGGCGGAAGGAACGGAGGAGACUGCGGCCUGAGGCGGCGGCGGUGAGGCAGGACAGGCCUGGUUCGGCCUCCGUGAGGAGCCAGGGUGGGGGCGCCGUCUACCUGAGGCGCUUAGCGCUCCAUUCGCGGCCCGCUGUCGGCAGCACCAUGUCGGCCAUCCCGAGGAGCUACAACCCUUUCGCCGAGGAGGAGGAGGAUGAGGAAACGGCGGCCUGGCCGGCGAGGGGCGGCGGGGAGGCGAGCGCAGCGGAGCGGCAGCGGUCCCUGCAGCAGGAGGUGCUCCGCCGCUCCGCCGCCACCGCCGACAGCACCGCCCGCUCCCUCUCGCUGCUCUACGAGUCCGAGCGCAUCGGGGUGGCCGCUUCCGAGGAACUUGUACGUCAAGGAGAGGCCCUGAAGCGCACAGAACAGAUGGUAGAUAAAAUGGAACAGGACUUGAAGACUAGUCAAAGGCACAUAAAUAGCAUUAAGAGUGUUUGGGGAGGCUUGGUAAACUACUUCAAAGCCAAACCUCCAGAGAGCAAGCCAGAGCAGAAUGGAACCCCUGAAUAUUAUGCUAACAGUAGAUUAAAGGAAGCAAUGAUGUCCAGUAAAGAACAAGAGUCAAAAUACCAGGAAAGUCAUCCAAAUUUAAGGAAACUAGAUAAUUCAGACAAUGAUUUUGGCAAAGCAGAUUUAGUUUCUUCAGUGCAGAGGGAUUCGUAUCCGAAGAACCAACACCUGCGAGCUUACCACCAGAAAAUUGAUAACAACUUAGAUGAGAUGUCUUCUGGGUUGAGUCGUCUGAAAAACCUAGCUCUUGGUCUGCAAACAGAAAUAGAUGAGCAGGAUGAUAUGCUGGAUCGGCUAACGAAAAAAGUAGAGACACUGGAUAUCAAUAUUAAAAGCACCGAUAAAAAAGUCCGGCAACUUUAAAGUAUUUUUAGAAUUUUUUUGUCCGGUGUCAGUUCUUCGUUGGAUGUCUUAUCUGAACCGAUCUCUUAAAUCUUGGACAAAGUUGGUUUGUUUUUUCUGAUACGCUAUUGAUUUUGUCAUUAAAAUUUCAUAAUCCUAAGUGCAGCAUAAUACCUUAAGUUUCUUCUUAAUGUACAUGGAGAAAAGUGCACGUUGAGUGAAAUCUCUCUGCACUUGGUAAAUGCUUUUGUGCUGGAUACCCUGCUCGAUUGUGUAAGUGUGUCAUGUGCGUGGAGGAAUUUGCAGUCUACAAAGCUCCAGUGUCCUUGGCCUGGGAGCUGUGAUGAGAAAAGUAACUACAUUUUGCCUCUGUUUUGGGGAGGGGGCAGGGGGAACAGAGUGUGCUUCUUUGUUCAGAACAAAUGUUGCUAAUUCUGUUUACCUACAGCUAUUUUAAAUUCUGAAAAAAUGCUGAUUUCCAGCUGUAAAAAUAAUUCUAAGUGACUGUUCUCUGGCAUUUCUGGGGCUUAAGGAAUGAACUGUUCUAUGGAAGUUGUGAAAUAUCAAGGGUGUCAUGCAGUAAUGAUAAUAUCCUGUGUGUGUUCCCUUUGCUAAGAUGACUUUUCCCGAAUGGUGGAUCCAUGAACUGUGGUAGUUGUUUGGGUCACUAAAUGCUAUCACCUUUACAAUGUUUCCAGUAAAGAUCUCUGAGGGUAUCUUAUGGUCUGCAAGAAACACUGAUUGACAGUGGCCCAGAAGUCUGGGUAACAAAAUGAGGACUUAAAUGUAUAUACUUUUAAAGAUUCUUUUGUAGAAAUUGUCACCAUCUGCAUUUAUAUUUUCUGCUCUUUCUCAGCUUAUUCAGUUAUUGUGGUUAUUUGAAAAAUAGCUUCCAUUUUAGAAAUGGAGAGUUGGUCUGAUACUGCUCAAACAGAUCAUAGGAGAUCAUUCUUUAACGUUUAGUUUGCAUGUCAUUAUGGACUCAGCAGCUGCUGCCUUUUCCCACGAAAUGCGACUGGUUUUAAAACACUCAGCUAUGGUUCAGGUACUUGUGUGUUGGCUUAGCAGGUGUGAAGAGUUCCUGCACAUGAAGAAAAGCUCAGAAAAUGUUGGAGUCUUCCAGAUACAAGUUGGGCCUUACAAUUUGUUUUAUUCUUUUGUGUGUGUCACUGUAGCACAAAAUAAUUACAAUUCCGCUCCUGCCUCGUGACAUGAUAAUGAGAACUUGCUGUCUUCAAAACAAGUAAUUUGGGUUUGGAGAGGCCAAGGGAUGUGUGUCAGUGUUGCAGCGCUCACUAUCGCAAAUGAGGAUGAGUAGCUAAUGAGAGAUAGUUACUGUUCUGAGUUGGUGCCACAUUAUCUUAUGAACUAAAAGAAAACCUUGAUGUUUAGGGCUAUCAAGCUUGUAUCCUCCAGAAACAUCACAUUCCUACUGUCCUGGUUCCUUUUUUAAAGGGAUUUGUUACCUUGAGCUCACUUGCUACAAAGUGCAGCUGAUUGUUAAGGAGAUAAAAGAAGACUUGAACCUUUCUUGGUUUGCUGUGUCUGCUGAAAGUUCACUUGCAGAAAAACAAAUCGCUAGAAAAUCCUCAGUUCUUGGGCAUAGUAUUGUGGAAAUAAAAAUAUUCCUGGGUUUACUAGCAAGGUAGAGCUGUGAAUUAGAUUUAAGGUGAACAUGUUUUCCCUUAUGUUACUGAUGUCAUUGGUUUCAGUCCCUAAAAAACCCCAGGCAUUUUGCAGGGACAUAAAACUACAAGAGCUAUUGAGUCCCUUUAAUUGCCUUUUAAUUGCCUUUGUGCUUUGUCUCAUGCUCAUUUGGAAUCUUGAAAACCUCAUUAAUAUCAAUGUAUCGGCUGUUUGGGUGUAUACCAUGAUUAAUUCUCUUUUAUUCUGUUGGAAUAUUUAUGAAUAAUAAGAUUUUAUGUCUUAGGAUGAUUGAUAUGUUUAUUUAGUUAAUGAUACCAAUCAUUAGUUUUCAAAAUGUUAAUUACCUCAGUGAAGGAAGAUUGGAACUUUGCUUAUACCUGUUUUAGUUUAUUUGACUUUCUGCUUUUAAUGAAAAGGGUGAAAAUAAUUGUAUGUUUUCUUAUCCCAAUGCCGUUUAACAGAAGCAUUUUCAUCUUGAAAAGAAUUUAGAAAUUCUGUGAGAGAAUACUAAAAAAUUGCAUAGUAGUUAAUGACAUGACUUGUAAUGUGAAAUGUACCUUCACCUGUAUGCAACUACUUCACAACUAUGUUAUUUCCAAAGGAAGACUUUGGUAACUAGGAUGUCAUGCUGAGACUUUCUCCACUAGACUAUGGUCAGUGGAGGAAAAAUGUAGCUGGGGAUUUAGUUGUGUUAUGUGUAAUAAGUGAUGUGGAGCUUCAAUCCAAACAACUAUGGUUGAUUUAAGAGCAAAGUGAAGUUGUAUAAGCCUUAUCAUAUUUGUACUGCAUCCUGGAUAACUUUGCCUUUAAAAACACAGGCAGGGAAGGGGAAAACAAAUCCCUGUUUCUGCUUGGAGACCCUUUGUGAUCCAGGCAGAGUGGAAAACCGGGAUCUCAGCCAUGUGGGAGCUUUGCAGAGGUGUCAAACUUCUCGUGUCUUCUAACAGUCCCACACACUGGCUCAGGAGCGGAUGUCUUUGCUUGGGCUUUUCCGCUCUAUUUAUUGGUGGGUUUGGUUUGGUUUUGUUUUAUCUUAAUGGCCUUGUUUAAAGGCUCAUUUCCCACACCUCAUGGGUAUAAAUGCAUUUGUUACAAACUGAAUUCCCUUUCUUAAGUUAAUACAGAUGCUUUAUGCUGAUAAAGAGCUUAAGUCUAACUGACAUGAGGAGACCACACUGUUGUGUAAUAGUGUGGUAUGGGUUUUUUUUUUUUGCUGGUUGGAAUAACUUUCUGUUGUGCAGAACAGGGAAAUGCAAUAGAAAAAACACACGAAUUUUGCCUUUUCAGGAAAUGUCAUUUUGCAUGUGUUAUGAAGGAUUAAAGUAGCUGUUCUUACUAUUUCCUGAGAUAAGUUUUAUUUCUUCUUGAAUACUGUUGAAAAAUAUACCUUGUACAGGGCAUAGGACUUUCAGAAGAAAUUUAAUUUACACUCAAGCACUAACUUGGUAAGUUAAAUGAUUUUGCCUAAAUACUCUUGUUGGCAUAGGAGACGGGUGUCCUUGCAGCAAAAUAGCUCUGGUUUAUUUUAUUCUUAUUGGUGUGAGUAGAAGUUUAAUAUUAAAGUCAGAAGAAGAUAGCCCCCAAAAAUAUAUAUUUCAAGUCUUCUUUAUAAAAGGAAAGUUUCUUGCUGCUUAGGAAGUUUGCUUAUAAAUUUCAAAGAGCUGUUAAACACUAGGAAGCAGCGUAGCUUUCCUAACACAGACAUAAGACAUACUCUCAAAACAGCAAGUGAAAAACAAGUGGGAAUAAGCAAUAUCUGACUACUAGAGUCCCAGGUGUAUUAGAUUGUAAAAUUUCCUGAGCAUUGAAUGAAAUUGCAACAAGUGAUGCGUAGCUGAAUUUUAGUCUGUGCUUCCAAGACUUGUUGGUGUGCUGAACUCCGGCUUAAUGGAAUUGUUGGGACACUGCAUGGUGUCAGGGGUUUUUUAACGUGUGAAAUUCAUCUGAUAUGUUUUGCUGCCUUGUGGUUUUUGUGAUGUCAUUUGUUAAAUGGUGAAAUAGAAAAGACUUUCCACCACUCUGCCUUCUGAGCAAACAGAUUUUUGUAGGCAUUUUUACAAGCAUAACGUAAUUUGGAGGUUAUGUGUUAAUUUUUACUUUGGAAUAUAUGUGGCUUAAUUUUUAAAAUCACAGGCAGUGAUUUUUUUUUUGUGUCCGUGGCAUUUUUUAAUAGUACUUUAAUUCUCUGCCACCCAGAUAUAAGUUUUUAUACAAAUCAAAUUCAAAUAUCCUUUUAUUUAAAUGCUAAACUGGACUGUGGUUUAGCAAUUCAGGAGAUCGAAUGAAAUGAGUGUUGAACAGUAAAAUGGUCAAUAAAGGAGCUUAUUGUUAAUGGA